AUGGCUACUUCUAGGCUGUUUAUAAAGUUGUGUGCUGCUUUGCCAGUGGAGGUCAAGAGAAGGAAAGAGGUCGAUAGGCAUGAUUUACAGAAAACUUUCGUUCUCGCCAGACUUUCUGUGAAGACAAUUGAUUUAACCAUUCCUGAAACCAUUGAAGUCUCUGAAAAGAGUGACCUUAUUGAAUUCACCCCUAUUAUAAUCACAGCCAAUCCUCAACCAGGGCCGUCCACAUCCAUUGCCCCAUCCAAUCAAACUCUGGCAUCAUCUCAGAAGGAGCUACUAGAUGUGGCACGUUUGUCCAUAAGUUAUAGAAAGUUAAAGGUAUUUUCUGGGAGCACCGUGCACGGAAAAGACGAGGAUCCAUAUCAUGUGUGGAAAACACAGGCAAAAGCGCUGAUAGAAGAAGCUGAAACCGAGGUGUCGCAAGCUGAAAAGCGAAGACGACUAAGGGAGGCGCUGCGCUCUCCUGCCCUAGAAGUAAUCGAUGACCUGAGGAGAGAAAAUCCAUCAGCUACGGCAAAGGACUAUCUCCAAGCCCUAGAGGUAGUGUAUGGAUCUACACUGACAGGUGAAGAGUUAUUCCACCAAUUCUUUGCCAUUGAACAAAAAGCAGGGGAGACACCCUCUCACUACCUAAGUCGUCUACAGGGAGCCCUCAGACAUGUUCUGCAGAAGGGUGGUAUUCCAGAAGAUAAGAUGAAUGCUGUAAUACUAAAACAGUUCAUUCGAGGAAUAAUCUAUGAGCCACUGCUGCUAGUAGACCUCCGUUUAAGAGAGCUUCACGAAACGCCACCAACAUACCUGACUCUACUAGGUAAAGUCAGGCGAUGGGAGGAAGAGUCAAAUAAACAAGAAAAGGCUAAGGGUCAAAGCCGAAAUUCAGUUGCAGCAGCACAUACUGUCAGCAACAAUGAUUUAGCAGAAAGGAUGAGCAAAAUCGAAAAGAUGUUGAAACAUUCUUCAUUAGGUAACGCUCAUGUACAUCAACAACAACAAAGUCAGCCGCCUCCAAGUAGAGAACGGCGAACCAACCAAAGCUCGGAUCUUCCGAGGUUUUGCUACAACUGUGGUCAAGAUGGACAUAUGAAGCGUAGUUGUGCAAACCAAGCAAAUACGGCGUUAGUGAAUGGAAAACUAAUUAGUCAUCUUCACCAGCAGGGAAACGCCAAGGGACAUCUGAGAAGGGGCAAACAGAUGUCGAACAAGCAGGAUUAGCCCCACCCUUAGGUGACAUUCCUCUGGGACUGGUGGGAGAAAGUGUCACAGAAGAAUGUUUCAUCGAUGGUUUUAAACAGUGUUGCCUUCUAGAUAGUGGUUCGCAAGUUACAACAAUUAAUAAUUCGGUAUUUGAGAAGCUAAAGAAGAAACUACUUCCAUUAACGGAUCUAAUCCUCUGGCAUGGUGGUGGAGGCAAGAUCCCAUACCUUGGCUGGACCAAGGUUGGGAUUGCGUUUCCCUCUGCAUUUGCUGGAACUAGUAAACAUUUUGAAGCUCUGGUUCUGGUGGUUCCUGACGCUCCUAAUUCACAUG